UGGAGUCUCUCGGUAACUCAAAGUGGAACUUGCCCUUAUCAAGUGAUAAUCCCCAAGGAGUAGAAUCAGGAGACUCAGUAUUACAUCAAGCCAGUAGAAUGCGACAGGAGCGAAUGAAUGGCGAGACUUUAGAGACUGAUAAGAGGGCCUCUGCAGACUUCACUGACUCCCUUGAUUCCAACAAGGAUUUCAAGAUUCUAUUACAUUCGAGUAACAAACCCUCAUCAAAUAUAGUUCAGCCCGAAAUGCCAACAGAAGAAGCUCUAUCGGGGCAAGCAAAACCAGUGAAUCGAAUGUCUUUGAGUUCUAUGAUCAAUGCCGACGAAUACACCACUUCUAGUAACCGUUCAGCAUCUCACACCCAGUCAUCGAAAUCAAUAACAGAAGGACAUCUUGAUAAUAGUACAUUAGGCUGUCCGGAAGAGUAUAUAUCAAAUAGCAGCAAUGAUCUGAGGGAUUUGGAGGCCGCGAAGAAAUCUGUUUCGCCAAAAGAUCAGGAUUUUGACCUAAAGGAUGCAACGAAAAGCACUAAAACUAAAUCAACAAGAUCGAAAGUGGGAGAUGCCGGAAAGGCUGCCGACAAACAAUUAAAAAAAAAAGUGGGUACGCCAAAACUCGAGUCCCCGAAAGCAGCCGUCAAUCUCACUGUUCAGUCUAAAACUCCUUCAAAGAAUGAUGACAGAAAACUUUUACAAAAAUCAAUGACCUCUUUACCCGCACCUUCUGUCUUGGAACUCAACGAGAGCCAAAUCAAUCGGCUCGAUGGGAAUGCGAAAGAGCCAAUAAUUGCAUUACAUAUUCCCCUUGUCCCACCUGGGAAGCAACCUGGCGAGUCGCAAGCAAUUUUCAAUGUAAUGAGACUCUGUGAAGACAAAUAUGGAUUUGAAGCCAUGCACCCCAACGGGCGGAUAACUUUCGAGAAUAUGGAAAUUGAUGAAGAUAUUGCAGAAGAUGAAAAUCAAGAACAGAACGACGAAGAUACCGCAGAGAUGGAUGAGGAAGCUGACACUAUAAGGAAGCUGGGAAUGAAAUUCAAAGCCGGAAUGACCGACGAAGAAAAGGAAGAAAUGAUUUUGAAAGAAAUUCAUAGAAGGAAAAUGGAGAGCAAUAAGAGGAUCGGAAAAUAUGAUCUCCUCGAUCCUUUCAUCGAUGAUGAGGAGCUUUUAUUUGAAGAACAGACAAAAAGCAACAAGGAUGGGUUUUACGUUUAUUAUGGUCCCAUUUCUGAUGAUAAUAAAUCAACCACGGUGAAGAGGAAGCCGACUACCUCAACAAAUGCUUCAAGCAACAAAAGGAAAAAAGUAAAUCCUUCAAGCGUGAAAAAACCCGAAUCUAAUUCAUCCUUAAUAACAAUUGCUCCAAAACCUUCCGUUAAUAAAAGUCAAACCUUGACUGCCCCCAAGAAGGACGGAAACUUUACAUCUGGAUCCGAGUCUCCAGUUUUGGGAGCAGCUCCAGAGCAUCAGAGUUUAAACGAGGCAACAAGCACUAGUGACUUAGGGGAGGAGCAGCUUAAAGUGAGCUUGGCAAGAUCCGAAACAAAGGGGCAAAACAGUAACAUUAUCGUGGGCUCGCUUCCACCUUUGUAAAGUUACCGGGAAGAUGGUGGCAACCAAUUAAUAUAUCGCAAGGUAUGCGAGCAGGCUGGGGCGAGUUUGUAUUGCAAACAAUGAACUAAAUUCCGGAAAGCCAGGCAGUUGUUUUGCAACUGUGAAUAUGGAGUGAUUCAAGUAAUUCUAGCUUGGAAUGGCGAAGUAACAAACAUACCAUAAAUUUAUACCGAAUAGCUAGUACAUUUCAGAAGUCGAUAAGGGUCCAAAAAACACCGAAUGAUUUUCUCAUAUGUAUGACAGCAUUGUCAGCUUUACAGUCUGCUUUCCUUUAGCAAUCAACUAGAUAAUUUAGAAUACUCGUAUUGAAAAAGGCUUGGGAAGCAGCUACAAUAACGUGUAGGGCACUUCGAACCAGUUGAACUCUAUCCGAAAAAUUGCACAAGUAGAGCAAAAUUGCAUGCACAAUCAAGAGCGUAUGUAACAAGAUAAGAUUUUUCGACGCGACGAAAUUGAAUCCGGGGUUCCCUAGAAAAUUCUAGCACCCGGCUGAUUUAGCUGCCUAU